ACCCAGCCCCAGGAAAGUUUCGUUUCUGGGAGGGAGAGGAAAGAACAUGGCAGCGCGUUGGUGGUUUUUGUGUGCUUCUGCAACUAUGGCGGUGGCGCUGCUGCUCAUUUAUGGGGUUCCCUCCGCCUCUGCUCAAAGAAAGAAGGAGAUGGUGUUAUCUGAAAAGGUUAGUCAACUGAUGGAAUGGACCAAUAAAAGACCUGUAAUAAGAAUGAAUGGAGACAAGUUCCGUCGCCUUGUUAAAGCCCCACCGAGAAACUACUCCGUUAUUGUCAUGUUCACUGCUCUUCAGCUUCAUAGGCAAUGUGUCGUGUGCAAGCAAGCUGAUGAAGAAUUCCAGAUCCUGGCAAACUCCUGGAGAUACUCCAGUGCAUUUACCAACAGGAUAUUUUUUGCUAUGGUGGAUUUUGAUGAAGGCUCUGAUGUAUUUCAGAUGCUAAACAUGAAUUCAGCUCCAACUUUCAUCAACUUUCCUGCAAAAGGGAAACCCAAACGGGGUGAUACAUAUGAGUUGCAGGUGCGUGGUUUUUCAGCUGAGCAAAUUGCCCGGUGGAUUGCUGACAGAACUGAUGUCAAUAUUAGAGUAAUCAGACCUCCAAAUUAUGCUGGUCCACUUAUGUUGGGAUUGCUUUUGGCUGUUAUUGGUGGACUUGUAUAUCUUCGAAGAAGCAAUAUGGAAUUUCUCUUUAAUAAAACUGGAUGGGCUUUUGCAGCUUUGUGUUUUGUGCUUGCUAUGACAUCUGGUCAAAUGUGGAAUCAUAUAAGAGGACCACCAUAUGCUCAUAAGAAUCCUCACACAGGACAUGUGAAUUAUAUCCAUGGAAGCAGCCAAGCCCAGUUUGUAGCUGAAACACACAUUGUUCUUCUGUUUAAUGGUGGGGUUACCUUAGGGAUGGUGCUUUUAUGUGAAGCUGCUACAUCUGACAUGGAUAUUGGAAAGCGAAAGAUAAUGUGUGUGGCUGGUAUUGGACUCGUUGUAUUAUUCUUCAGUUGGAUGCUCUCUAUUUUCAGAUCUAAAUAUCAUGGAUACCCAUAUAGCUUUCUGAUGAGCUAAAAAGGAUCCCAGAGAUAUGUAGACACUGGAGUAAUAGAAAAUGAAAAAUUGAAAAAUGAAAAAGGUGUGUGUGUGUGAAAAGAAGAAUGCAAUUUGUGUAUUUUGUAUUACCUCUUUUUUUCAAGUGAUUUAAAUAGUUAAUCAUUUAACCAAAGAAGAUGUGUAGUGCCUUAACAGCAAUUUCCUGUCAAAAUCAUGAAGUAUUUGAAUACAAUUCUCCUCUUUACCUUCUCUUCCUAGUGAAUUUUAUGGAACAUUUAAUUUAGUAGUAUUAAAUAUAUUAUAAAAAUUUUAAAACUACUACUUCAUUUUAAUUAGGACAAGAUUCAAAACUGCUUUAGUUUAUUAUCUUUUUCCAAAGGUGGGGGUCAGAAAGUCCUGACUGCGUGUUCCUGUGUAUGCCUGUUACAAAAAACUGCAUCAGGAAUCCAUUCUUAGCUUUUCCUUUUUGGCAUGGAUGUGUAUUCUUUACACAUCUUUCCUUUGGGGCAGAGAAAUCAUAUUAUGUGGUCUUAUGAAAAUGGAACAUCGUUUUUCGGAGUAUAUGUCUAUCUUUUAGAAAAGAAAACUAGCCAAUCCUCUUCCUCCAUCUUUCCUACUGAAUUACAGUGCUAGCUAUGCUGCUUGAUGGCUGUAGAUAUUAAAAAGUGACUCUAAAUACAUGAUUAUAUUUUCUGCAUGAGUGUGGUGGUAACUACCUUGUAUUUGGAAAGAUUUCAGGUUCGUUCUGUCUCCCUAGUUUUAUUUAAGGCAGGCCACUCUAUAAUGAAAAUGUAACUUAGUGCUAAAAUCAUUAUAACUUAAAAAUAGUCUAAAAUGUUUCUGCAAAUUAGAGAUUGUCACUUCAAUUGUACCUAAGGAAAAAAAAAUAGGCACAUCUGGUUAAGUUGAUUUCUGUAUUACAGUUACAACAUAUUUCAAUAACCCUUGUGUUUAGGAGAAGGACUUCCUUAGAUUGGGGGGAAAAAUUGUGAAAUACUGAGUUGUUGCCUGUGAAUAGAAAGCAAAUGUUUCUUGAAAGCUGUUCUGUUUUUGCUAUUAUUUUAGCCUUCAUUCUCUCACUUCAAGUGGAGAAACAAUGUAAACAUUUGAAUAAGCUUUGAGUCUUGUCUGUCUUUCUGUCAGUGGAAAUAACCAUAUGUGCUAACCAAAUUUCUGUGAAGAAUGAAAGUUGAUGGUUAACGUUAGAUCUAGCUGAUCUAGCUAUAACCUCCCCCAUAGUUAUGAAGAGUAUUCUGAAAUGCCACUAUUAUAGAAAUAUGAGAAUUAUGAUUGUGAAAAAAAUUGUCUUCGAAUUAUUGAAUUAAAAUAAUACUGUGACUGCCUUGCUACUAUUUGCCAUCUAAUAACUUCCAUGUGAUCUAAGAAGUCUUAUAUAAUAUAGAUUUGCAGAAAGAGAUGGAUAUAAUUGUCUAAGAAAUGUUUUAUGUGUUUUGGUUGUGUUUUUUUUUUGGUUUGCUUUUUUUGUUAGUUUGGCGGGUGACAAGAUGGGUGACCUUUUUACUUUUUAAUGAAGCCGCUUUUUGUUAAUUACUCCCUUGUAAAUUGUGUGAUUCUGGAUUCCUAAUCUGCUGUUCUUGUACUUGUCUCAGGCCAAAUAAAUUCAUGCUGUGAUUCUUAUGAGACUUGUAUGAAGAUGCCCUGAUUUGUAUACUGAUAAGGGGAAUACUACUGCCAUGUAACCUGUAUAGCUCCAGAAGAUAAUUUGCCAUGAACAUUGAAAGAAUGACAGUUGUUUGCAUUUAUUUUGUCUCCCUUAAGAGCACAUUUUUCUGUAAGAAGAAAAGUUGCAUUCUGGCUAAAAUCCGUAGAAAGCAGAUUUACUGCACUUAGAAUAAAUAAUGUUACCUUUGUGGAAAAUCUGAAAUUAAUUUUCAUCUGAAGUACCUUAAGUAGAUUCUUAAUUUACUUUUCUAGUAAUGGUUUAAAUAUUUUUUGUUAUACAUUUUUAAAAUACUAUUCAAAAUGAUACAUUGUAAUGGUAAAGAUAACCAAAUGUCCAGCUUUUUGCUUUUUGACCAU